UAGGAAGGAAGUUAGUAUUCAGAAGAGGGAAAACACCUGUUCUCAUAGCAUCACUCGGAGUCUCUGCAUCUUCACACGAAAUGGGAAAAUGGAGAAGAACUUCACAACACCUCUUAAGAUAUUCUUCAGGAAAGUAUCUUCGUCUUGGAAAAAACCCUAAUUUUAAUGAUCCGAUCCCGGAUUCAAGUUCAGGUUUUAUUCGUAUCAACGGGAAGUGCUUUAGUACGAAGAUCAGACCUAGCAUUGAGCAUCAAAAGAAUGUACAGAUAUUUUCAAAUACUUUAAGAGGUUAUAUUGGAAACUUCCAGUUAUCCAUACAUAGGAAUGUGGAUAAUCAAUCAUAUAAAGUGCAAUCCAGAAAUUUUGGUUCAACAACCAAGUUAAUCCAGAGGAAUACAUCUUUUGCAACAGUAACGGCUGAGGAUAUAAAGCAUUUUAAAGAAAUUUUGGGGGAGAAAAAUGUGAUUGAGGAUGAAGAUAGGUUGUCUAUUGCAAAUGUAGAUUGGAUGAACAAGUACAAAGGCUCUAGUAAGCUUUUACUUCAACCUAGGAGCUCUGACGAGGUCUCGCGAAUAUUGAAAUACUGUAAUUCGAGACGAUUGGCAGUUGUUCCACAAGGUGGUAAUACUGGUCUUGUAGGUGGAAGUGUUCCUGUUUUCGAUGAGGUGAUUAUCAAUCUCGGUUCCAUGAAUACCAUCAUCUCCUUUGACGAGGUCAGUGGUAUACUUGUAUGUGAAGCAGGAUGCAUAUUGGAGAACCUGGAUUCCUUCCUCGCUAACAAAGGAUUUAUCAUGCCACUUGAUCUGGGCGCAAAGGGAAGCUGUCAAAUUGGUGGAAAUGUUUCAACCAAUGCUGGUGGUUUGCGAUUUAUACGUUAUGGUUCACUUCAUGGCAACAUACUUGGUGUUGAAGCCGUCCUUGCAAAUGGUACUGUCGUUGACAUGCUAAGUACUUUAUGCAAAGACAAUACAGGGUAUGACCUGAAGCAGUUAUUCAUAGGUAGUGAAGGAUCCUUGGGAAUUGUGACUAAGGUUUCGAUACUCACCCCUCCCAAGCUGUCUUCGACAAAUCUAGCCUUUCUUGCCUGUAAUGAUUUUAUCAGCUGUCAGAAACUCCUGCUUGAAGCUAAGAGGAAGCUCGGAGAAGUUCUUUCUGCGUUUGAGUUCUUGGAUAACCAAUCUAUGGAUAUGGUUUUGACUCACUUAGAAGGGGUUCGUAAUCCAAUACCUCCCUCGGUAUACAACUUCUAUGUGCUUAUUGAGACAACAGGCAGUGACGAAUCAUACGACAGAGAGAAGCUCGAGGCGUUCCUGCUUAGCUCCAUGGAGGGUGGUUUGAUAUCUGACGGGGUUGUUGCGCAAGACAUAAACCAGGCUUCCUCGUUUUGGCGUAUUCGUGAGGGAAUAACAGAGGCAGUAAUGAAAGCAGGGGCUGUUUACAAAUAUGAUUUGUCUUUGCCUGUUGAAAAGAUGUACCAAAUUGUUGAGGAAAUGCGAUUGCGUCUCGGUCCUGCAGCAAAAGUUUUGGGUUAUGGUCACCUUGGAGAUGCUAACUUGCACCUGAAUAUCUCCACAUCCCAGUAUGAUAAUAAUGUUUUCGCACAAAUCGAACCGUUUGUGUAUGAAUGGACAUUUAGCAACCGAGGAAGCAUCAGUGCCGAGCAUGGCCUUGGAUUGAUGAAAGCGAACGAGAUUCACUAUAGCAAAUCACCUGAAACCGUGCAACUUAUGGCUUCUAUCAAAAAGUUGUUCGACUCGAAUGGGAUAUUGAACCCUUAUAAAGUUCUUCCACACUCCCUUCUCCCUUCAAACUGAGAGAGGUAAAGCAUUCGAUCCUUGAAACUCUCACCAUGAUGUUUGGUUGUCAGACAAAUUUGUAAAAUUUUCAGCAGUACCUUGUUUAGUGUUGACUACAUGCUACGUGUGAGGUAUCAAACCCCAUUGCUAAGUUGGGGCGGACAAGCCACAAGGGUGCAAUGUAAGGAGUGAAGUGAUACACUGAUUGAUGAAUCAGAACUUUUGACAACUAUUGAUGAUUUGAAGAAGAGGAGCGUGUGAUUCCAUCUCCCACCUGCAAAGGAGUAUCUUAUAUUGAAUCCUGACCAAACCUUGAUUCCCAAUGAACAACACCCUUGCUAGGAAGAAACUGUAUAGUUGUAGAAACUAUCAAAUAGAACAAGUAUGUUUGUUUGGUCAUGUUGACUUGGUCGAAUUGUUCUAAGGUCCUUAAAAAUAUAUUAAUAGUUUGAUCCAAAAUAAAUUAUUAUUUAUUAUUACUCA